CUUUGUUUCCUGGGGCCUUUAACUGUUGCACGAAAAUUUCAGAUGAAAUUCCCAGAGGAGUUCUCCGAAGAGUGGAGAGGUUUGAAAUCCAGAAAGCAGAUGGCCUGUGUCACCUAGAAGCUGUUAUUCUCUACAUAGAAGGCAGAAAGUUCUGUGUGAGCCCACGGAUCAGAAAAGUGAAAAAAUGGAUGAAGAGGAAUAAACACAAAAUUCCCAGAAAAAAACCUCAUGGUCGAAAGCAGAGAAGAACCAAAAUUAUUAAAAAGAAAGAAAAGAACCAGUAA